AUGUGGGCAGGGCUGGGGCUAGUUCUGGCUCUCUGUCUCCUCCCAGGAGGAGGGACAGAGAUCCAGAACUGCAAGGAGCCCCCAGAAUGGCGUAUUGGGGAGGAGAACCCAAUGCUGAACUCUAGGGGCUCAGUGACAGUGGUGGCUCCUCUCCAAGCUAGCUGAUACUUGUGCCUGCUGCAGGCUUCCAGAUUGGAGGAGCUGCGAGUGAAAUUAGAGAAUGAAGGACUGGUCAAUAUCUCGUAUGUCGUUGUCAACCAUCAGGGAACUUACUCCCAGAGGAAAUUCCACCUACUGAAAGAAAGUGUUUCAGACUAUAUUACUGUCUACCAGCAAGAUGAACAGCAAGCUGAUGUCUGGACUACCUUAAAUGGAAACAAAGAUGACUUUCUCAUCUAUGACAGAUGCGGCCGUCUAGUGUAUCAUCUGGGUCUGCCCUAUUCCUUCCUGUCUUUCCAAUAUGUAGAAGAAUCUAUUAAGAUUGCAUACUGUGAAAACAAGUGUGGAAAUUGCUCUUACACGGAACCUGAUAUUGAUGGUAUAUGUGAAAACAUCACUAAAAAAGCAGAUGAAAAGCUAGCAGAGAGAGAACUCCAACCAGCUGAUCAACAUUCACAUCACCACGACCCGCACAGACAUGGACACCACCACCACCAUCGCGAGGGCAGUCAUCAUUCCAGAAAUGAGAACCAUCAGGCUCUGUCUGAAACUCAGAGACGUCAUGCUCACAGCAGUCGGCGUCAUAGGGUUUUUGGCCGUAACAGACAUGAUCAGACAGGUAGUCACGAACAGGUAGACACUGUUCCUCCAGGGGAAAGUGUGGAUAUUACACAAGAUAAAAAGCUAUGAAAAAAAGGGAAGACCAGCUGUAAAAACCAGUUAACUUGAAAUUGGCAGACAGCAUCAGACUCAACUUCUAGUAGCUGAUGCUGUCAUUGUCGACACCUUUUGUUUGAAGAGCUAGGAAAUUCUGUCACUUGACAGUGUCGUGGAGCACUUCCAAACUCUUGCAGGUGACAUGGCCAGCUGUCAGCAGAGGACAUCACUGAAUCUUGACAGUGACGUCUGCUCACUGCUGCCUGACAGUCACCAGCAGCAGGAGUGAGUGACAGUAGUGACACCUGACAGUGACAGGAAAAGGCAAGAAACUGAGCCUGAAAAACAAACUAA